AUGGCAGGCCUGACGCCCAACAUUCAAGCAGAUCCUGAGAUUGAGCUUUUUGUGAAGGCUGGAAGUGAUGGGGAGAGUGUUGGAAACUGUCCUUUUUGCCAACGCAUUUUCAUGAUCCUCUGGCUCAAAGGAGUUAAAUUCAAUGUGACUACUGUUGACGUGACCAGAAAGCCCGGAGAGCUGAAGGACUUAGCUCCAGGUGCCAAUCCUCCCUUCCUGCUGUAUAACAAGGAGCUGAAAACAGACUUCAUUAAAAUUGAGGAGUUUCUAGAGCAGACACUGGCUCCUCCCAGGUACCCUUGCUUGAGUCCCAAGAACAAGGAGUCCUUUGAUGUGGGGAGCGACCUCUUUGCCAAGUUUUCUGCAUAUAUAAAGAAUACACAAAAGGAGGCAAAUAAGCACUUUGAAAAAGCUCUGCUCAGAGAAUUUAAGCGCCUGGAUAACUACCUAAACACCCCACUUCUGGAUGAAAUUGAUCCAAACAGUACUGAGGAACUCACAGUUUCCAGAAGAUUGUUCUUGGAUGGGGAUGAUCUGACACUGGCUGACUGCAGCUUGUUACCCAAGCUGAACAUUAUUAAAAUUGCUGCCAAGAAAUACCGUGACUUCGACAUUCCAGCAGAAUUCUCAGGAGUCUGGCGCUACCUCCACAAUGCUUAUGCCCGUGAAGAAUUUGCCCACACGUGUCCUGAAGACAAAGAAGUUGAAUAUACCUAUUCAUUCGUGGCUAAACACUAG